ACAUCCUCUCCCUCCUCUAGAACCCGCAAAGGCCCAACUUCCCCAAACCCAGCAGAUCUCCCUCUCUCUCUCUCUCUCUCUCUCAAAAUCAUUCUCUCACCAACUCCAUAGCCAGCAAUCAUUAUGCAAAUGGCGCCGAUACCGGCGGAGAACGGCGUCGAAGGGGACGACGAGAGAGAAGACGAGGAAGCAGAUGAGGACGAAGAGGAGGAGGAGGAGGAAGAGGAGGAGGAGGAGGGGGAGGAGGAGGAGGAAGAGCCGAGGCUCAAGUACCAGAGGAUGGGAGGCAGCAUCCCCUCGCUCCUCGCGAACGACGCGGCGUCGUGCGUCGCCGUCGCCGAGCGAAUGAUCGCGCUCGGCACUCACGGCGGGACCGUGCACAUCCUUGAUUUUCUGGGCAAUCAGGUUAAGGAAUUCGCUGCCCAUACAGCUGCUGUCAAUGACCUUAGUUUUGACACAGAAGGUGAAUAUAUAGGAAGCUGUUCAGAUGAUGGAUCUGUUGUGAUAAAUGGCCUCUUCACUGAUGAGAGAAUGAAGUCUGAUUAUCAACGUCCAAUGAAGGCUGUUGCUUUAGACCCUGAUUACGCCAAAAAAGCAUCCAGAAGAUUUGUAGCUGGUGGUUUGGCGGGUCAUUUAUAUUUUAACAUGAAGAAAUGGUUAGGCUACAAGGACCAGGUUUUGCACUCUGGCGAAGGUCCAAUUCAUGCAGUGAAGUGGAGAACAAGCUUAAUUGCUUGGGCCAAUGAUGCUGGCGUCAAAGUUUAUGACUCAGCCAAUGAUCAGCGUAUCACAUUUAUUGAGAGGCCCAGAGGAAGCCCGCGACCUGAGCUUUUACUCCCUCAUUUAGUUUGGCAGGACGAUACACUGUUAGUCAUUGGCUGGGGAACAUCUGUGAAAAUUGCAUCCAUCAGAACUAAUCCAAAUAAAGUUGCCAAUGGUACCUAUAACCAUAUUCCAGCCUCCACUACGAAUCAGGUGGAUAUUGUGGCAUCAUUCCAAACAAGCUAUUACAUAUCAGGGAUUGCUCCCUUUGGUGACUCUUUGGUUGUUCUAGCUUAUAUACCGGGGGAAGAAGAUGGGGAGAAGGACUUUAGCAGCAGUGUACCUUCCCGUCAGGGAAAUGCACAGAGACCAGAAGUACGUGUAGUAACUUGGAACAAUGAUGAACUGGCUACAGAUGCCCUACCUGUGCAUGGUUUUGAGCAUUACAAGGCCAAGGACUACUCCCUUGCUCAUGCUCCUUUCUCAGGUAGCAGCUAUGCUGGGGGUCAGUGGGCUGCUGGAGAUGAGCCUUUGUAUUAUAUCGUCUCUCCCAAAGAUGUGGUUAUAGCAAAGCCUAGGGAUGCUGAAGAUCACAUAUCUUGGCUUCUGCAGCAUGGCUGGCAUGAAAAAGCUUUAGCAGCAGUGGAAGCUGGUCAAGGACGCAGUGAACUUGUUGAUGAGGUAGGAUCCAGGUACCUUGAUCAUUUGAUUGUGGAAAGGAAGUAUGCUGAAGCUGCUUCUUUGUGUCCAAAAUUGUUGCGUGGAUCUGCUUCAGCAUGGGAGAGAUGGGUUUUCCAUUUUGCACAUCUACGCCAGCUUCCUGUUUUGGUUCCAUAUAUACCGACAGAAAAUCCAAGGUUGCGUGAUACGGCAUAUGAGGUUGCCCUGGUGGCAUUGGCAACAAAUCCAUCUUUCCACCAUGAGCUAUUAUCAACCGUCAAAUCUUGGCCACGAGCAAUAUAUUCAUCAUCGCCUGUUAUCUCAGCCAUUGAACCACAGCUCAACACUUCAUCCAUGACUGAUGCUCUCAAGGAGGCUCUGGCAGAGUUGUAUGUAAUUGAUGGCCAAUAUGAGAAAGCCUUUUCACUCUAUGCUGAUCUUAUGAAGCCAGAGGUGUUUGACUUCAUCGAAAAACAUAACUUACAUGAAGCCAUUCGUGAAAAGGUUGUCCAGUUGAUGAAGCUAGAUUGCAAACGCGCAGUUCCUUUGUUCAUUCAAAACAGGGAUUUGAUGACACCAUCCGAUGUGGUUUCUCAACUUUUAAAAGCCAGCGAUAAGAGUGAUUCAAGACAUUUUUUGCAUCUAUAUCUGCAUUCCUUGUUUGAAGUGAAUCCUCAUGCUGGAAGAGAGUUUCACGAUAUGCAGGUAGAGCUCUAUGCUGACUUUGAUCCGAAGAUGCUGCUUCCUUUUCUUCGCAGUAGUCAACACUACACAUUAGAAAAGGCUUAUCACAUUUGUGUUAGAAAAGAGCUCAUUAAGGAGCAAGUGUUUAUACUGGGAAGGAUGGGGAAUUCAAAACAAGCUCUUGCUGUCAUCAUCAAUAAUUUGGGAGACAUAGAAGAGGCUGUAGAAUUUGUGAGCAUGCAGCAAGACGACGACCUAUGGGAAGAAUUAAUUAAACAAUGUCUUGACAAACCUGAAAUGGUGGGUGUGUUGCUGGAGCACACUGUGGGGAAUCUCGAUCCACUUUAUAUAGUCAAUAUGGUGCCAAAUGGUUUGGAGAUACCUCGGCUAAGGGAUCGUCUUGUCAAAAUCAUCACUGAUUACAGGACUGAAACAUCUCUCAGACACGGGUGCAACGAUAUUCUUAAGGCGGAUUGUGUUAACCUCUUGGUAAAGUACUACAAGGAAGCAAGACAUGCUGUGUAUUUGAGCAAUGAAGAAGAUGAGGCUCGAGCGAAGAAGAAAGAUAGUAAGGCUUAUCAGGAAACAGAAAAAUCGUCCAGCCUGAGAACUACAGGGGUAAAGUCCAAAACUAGGGGAGCUGCAAGAUGUUGCAUUUGUUUCGACCCCUUCUCCAUACGAGAUGUGUCCGUGGUCGUUUUCUUUUGCUGUCACUCGUACCACGCGAGUUGUCUUACGGAUUCCACAUAUACGUUUAGCGGCAAAAAAGGGACUAAAGAAGCUUCUUCAGACAGCAUGUCGCAUUAUGAUUAUGAUUGUGAGUACGAUGAUGAGGAAGAUGAGGAUGAUGACCAUAAGGGUACCAAUCGCAUGCGAUGUAUAUUAUGUACUACUGCCGCCAGUUGAGUGUGUCCAGUGUGUGCUUGUCCUUGCAUGAGAGGGUGGGUGAGUCUUCCAUGCCUGUAAUUUUUGGUGUGCCACAACGGCUUUAUUGGUUUAUUUAUUUUGUGGGGGCCUUCUUGUUCUUCUUCGGUCUCUACUGACU